AUGGCUAAGGGCACGGUCAAGAAACUUGGCAAGGACGCGUGCAGCGUGCUCAUGUUUGCUGCAGCAGCCGUCACCGCCUUCAUGGCCCACUUCCUCAUCCUCCACCCAUUGGAUGUCAUCGGCCACAAAUCCAGGCCGUGGUUCAGCGCCGUGCAGCAGCGCUUCACAGACCAGCUCAGCCAGCUCAAAGGGACCAAGGACCUCCUGGUGAAAAAGGGACCCCUUUCCUUUCAGUUCAAGGACCUGCAAGCGACAGGCUCAAGUGAGGGCGGGCCCACUCAGCAGCAGCAGGAGCAGCAGCAGCCAGGCCAGGCGGCAUCGGGCAGCCAAGGCGACCAACUGGAGUGGAUGCUAGACGAUGCCCGCAUCAUUUCGGUUUUUGCUAUGUGGGAGGUGGACGCGGCGGAUGAUGACCCGCCUGGUCUCCUUGCCACCUAUGAAGAGGUGCAGCGCCUGGCCUCCUUCCGCUUGGGGGACCCAGAUGCUGGGGGGGACGACUACAACCUGAGCUUCAAGAAGGAAGACUUCGAGAAGCUGGCAAAAACAGAAUGGUUCAAGAAGGACGCAGAGGCGGUGCUGGGCAUCAAGGGGCGCCGCAAGAAGGCAAGCGCAAACCCUGAGGACCCGCCGGCGGCGCCGGCCCCGGCGUUUGACGAGGCCGAGGCGGCAGCCCAGACCCUCACGCCCCAGGCGCAACGGGCGGCACAGAGGCGUGCGCGCAAAGAAGGUGCCGCCGCUUUCAUCGACGAUGAGGCAGGAGAGGAGGACGCCGGGGCGGGCGAGUCAGACGAGGAAGAAGAGGGGGAGGAAGAGGCUGACGACGGGGAGGACGUUGGCGAGGAGGUGGCGCCGAUCAGGGCGCCCGGUGACGGCGCCCGCGGCACCGGCAAGCGGCGGCAAAAGGCUGCUGCACGUGGCGGGGGCAGCUCCUCGGAGCAGCCCCAUAAGAGCAAGCGUCAGCGGCGGCAGCGUUAG